AUUGAGAAGCGCCUCUUAAAGGCACCACACCCUGGCCGAAUUCAUUUCCUUUUUGCGUGUUGACCACGGCGCCUCUGUCCCGGGAGUUCCAGGGACCCUCAUUCCAGUCUCUGCGCCCCCUUCUCCCCCGAACCGCGUAAAGAGUUGGAAAGGCAGUCAUCUUAGACUCUCCUUGGGGAGCAGUUUGCCUUGGAAACAGCAGCGAAGACCUUUUAUUCCCCUUCCUCGCCUGUCACCCAGCCUGGCGACCUGGCUGUAACUGUCCUGCGGGAAGGGACCCUCGGUUCUCAUCUUGCGGCCACUUCUCUUCCUCCAUCAAAAUACUUAAACCUGUCCAUGAGCCGAGAGAUUCAAGAUAGAUGCCAGAAGGACCAUCUGUGAGGAAAUUUCACCAUUUGAUCUCUCCCUUUGUGGGCCAGCAGGUGGUCAAGACAGGGGGCAGCAGUAAGAAGCUAUACCCUGCCACCCUUCAGUCUCUGUGGCUCCAGGACACCCAGGUUCAUGGAAAAAAAUUAUUCCUUAGAUUUGAUCCAGAUGAAGAAUCGGGGUCCCCUGAUAGCAACCCACUGCCAGAGCCUCCACAGAAAGGAGCAAGGAAGGAAGAGACUGUGGCCCCAGAGCCAGCCUUGGGACCCAGCAGACUCAAAACCUCUGAUGAAUCCUGUCCGUCUGUGGAGCUUGACCCCAGUGGAUCAGAUGUUCCCGAGGGUCUGGGGACAGAUGGCCCUGCAACAGGAGCCCCACAGUGGCUGCAGGUCAGCUUUGGUCUGUUUGGCAGUGUCUGGGUGAAUGAGUUCUCCAGAGCCACGAAAGCCAACAAGAGAGGUGACUGGAGGGAUCCUGUGCCCAGGUUGGUCCUACACUUUGGUGGUGGUGGCUUCCUGGCAUUUUAUAAUUGCCAGAUGUGUUGGAGCCCUUCUCCUGUGAUCAAACCUACCUGUGACAUCUUGUCUGAAAAGUUCCAUCGAGGACAAGCCUUGGAGGCUCUGGGCCAGGCUCAGCCUGUGUGCUAUACACUGUUGAACCAGAGAUACUUCUCAGGGUUAGGGAACAUCAUUAAGAAUGAAGCCUUGUACAGAGCCAGGAUCCAUCCCCUUUCUCUGGGCUCACUCCUGAGUGCUUCUCGCCGGGAGGCCCUUGUGGACCAUGUGGUGGAGUUCAGUACGGACUGGCUUCAGGGAAAGUUCCAGGGCAAGCCACAGCACACGCAGAUCUACCGGAAGGAGCAGUGUCCUGCUGGGCACCAGCUCCUCAAGGAGCCCCUUGGGCCCCCAGGCGGGUUCCAGAGGCUCACCUGGUGGUGCCCACAGUGCCAGCCCCAGGUGCCCCCUGAGGAGCCACAGCAGCUCCAACACCCCUGAGGCACUCAAGCUCUUCUUGGUACUUGUCCUUGAGGACCAUGGGGCCUGUGUGUCCAGAAGGGAAGGUGUGGGCAGGGAUUGUGGGUGGCCACAGAGGACAGCCUGGGCUGUGAGGUGUCAGUAUUGUUUAUGUUCACUCUCUGGAUUGUGCCUGAGGCACAGAUUUCAUAGGGGUAGGUUUUCUUUUCUAGUUCCGUUGAUUCUUCCUGAGGAAGGCAGUCUUCACAGGUGAGGGGAACACCCAGAAAGAUGGUGGAGCCCUAAAACCAACAGCCUGGGUGUGGGUGGGACAUGACUGUGUUCCCAGCAAGGCUUGGCAAGUGUCCUGUUUUGGAAAGUUUGGUUGAUCUUAAGGCUUUUGGUUUUGAGAAACAGGAAAACGGAAGUUUCUUUCCCUGUUGUCUGUGGAGGGUCCUGGGGAUGAGGAUGGAGCUGCAGGAGAAAAGUGCUGGUCCAGCUCCUGCUGGCGUCUCCCGCCCAGUGGGGAACUCAGGGCCUGGUAGCACGUCAGUUAAGUUGAAAUGUUUGUGGCUGUUGAUGCAUCAACAAUUCAGGAACCAAAGGACAUAGAGAAACAUUCCUCAGGUUGUUGGUAACUAAAUGAAGCUGGACAGCAACAGGAAAAUGAAGCUCUUUGCUAUUUCUGUGUCAUCUUUAUUUGGCAGUAAAGGUUUUUUUGAUUGUUUUGUU